AUGCUAUCUGUUGAUGAAAUUAAGAAGCAGUGUAAGGCUGUGCUUGGUAGCAAUGGAAAAAAGCAUUCCAACUGUUUAGUGCGACUGCUGCAGCUGUACGGUGAAAUGUCACUAAAUGGAGGUGAUAUUGAACAUGAAACAGAGCUACGUUAUUUGACAAUAUCCCUCUCUCGCGUCUAUGCGAAGUUAUUUGCUGCUGGUUGGUUGUCACUCUCAAAGGGAUCUGACGAUAAACAGAAGCAGUUUACAGAAUGGUGUAGGAAAACCUAUAUGAACUACAAAAGCAAGCUGCUCGUAUGCAUCUCAAGUAUACCAGUUGAAAAUUCACUGGGUAUAGACUGUGUUGAUGCUUACAUGCGUAUGCUAGAACAGGAAGCCACAUAUUUUGCGUCGAGCGCAGAAGUCCCAUUUUUCCCAAAUAAAACAUUAAAGAAGCUUGUUGUUGCGCUACUUCGCUGCGAAUACGCUAAUGAAGUGAGUGGUAGAACCGGUGAAUCAAAAAAUGCUCUGUGGUUGUAUUUUGUCGAUAAUUACUACAAGAAGUAUGUUGAUGUGCAAUUCUACACUCAGGCAGAACUUGUGGAUUCAUUCCCUACUUCCUCUUCUGUUGCAGCCAAAUGGUUAAGCAUGUGUAACCACGAUAAUCAUUAUGAUGACGAAUCUGCUGAUCUAGAAGUAUUUGUACCCAAUCCUCCUAGCGCAAUGGAAAAUGAAUCCAAAUUCAAGAGUAAUUUUGAGCGGAACUGGUUGUACAUCCUGGGUUUACGUGAUCUAUCAACAGAGCAACAUAAAACUAUCCUACUAAUAAUACACAAACGUAUAACACCUCACUUUCAAAAUCCUACAAGGCUGAUGGACUUUAUGACUGAUUCAUAUGAUUUGGAUAACGAUGUUAUUCCAAUCCUGGCUCUAAACGGUUUAUUUGAUCUGAUGCAACGGUACAACCUGGAAUACCCAAAUUUUUAUGCAAAACUUUAUAGACUUCUGACUCCUAAGCUGAUGCACGUUAAAUUUAGAUCCAGGUUUUUCCGUCUAAUGGAUCUCUUCCUUUCUUCCACUCACAUAUCCUCCAACUUGGUCGCAUCCUUUAUCAAAAAGCUGGCGCGUUUGUCAUUAGAUGCCCCACCAGCUGCGGUAGUCAGCAUCAUCCCCUUUGUCUACAAUUUGAUCAAGAAACAUCCGACAUGUAUGAUAAUGUUGCAUAACCCUAGUUACAUUAGGGACCCUUUUUCCACCAUAGAGACUCAACAGGAGCUGAGAUCUAGGAUCGCCAAUUACAAGGACCCAUUUGACGAUAAUGAGAAGAACCCGGAAAUCACUGGCGCAAUUAGAUCUUCUCUGUGGGAAUUAGAAGCAAUGAUGUCUCAUUACCAUCCUAAUGUUGCUACUCUGGCAAAAGUUUUCAAGCAACCAUUCCUAAAGCAUUCCUACAACAUGGAGGAUUUCUUAGAUUGGUCCUUUGAUUCGUUAUUGGCCGCUGAAUCCUCCAGGAAUAUGAAGGUCCUACCAUCACUUGAAUACGAACAAUUUGACACUAUAUUUGGAGGCUACAUUCAGAGCGUAAAGUGGUGA